CUCUUGCAUGAUAAAUUCUUUGAAGGGAGCUCUAGAUAAGGCAUGUCACAAUAGUUUGGUUUUAUUGUCUGAAGGGCUUCACGCAGAGAGAGAAACCAACCAGGAAAAAAAGAACUGGGGAAAUGGAAUUCCCCCUGAAGAAAGUGAAACUAAUGUUUUCCUUGGGCAUGUGAUCAGAGAUUGCGAAAAAUUUGAGAGCUGAGCCUGCAAACAGUCAGGGAAAGAAGGCAAACAGCUGCCUGAGAGGGGUGGGGAUUUAGGGGAUAUUCUGCCAAACCCUUCCAAGUGAGGACCCACUUAAGCGGCUUGUGGGGAAGGAAGGUGGAAAGCAGGGUACCAGACUUCAUCUACUACUGCAUUUGGUUGGCAGGCUCUUUGCUACCAUGAAGACCUGGCUUAUCCUCAUAUUCCUGGCUACCACAGUGGCAGUAAGCUUUUCAGAGGGGGGUUCAGAUAAGGAAAAUGCUGGUGAAGAGAGUCCUACAACAGAUGAAGAAAAAGAAAGGCGGGAAGAGGAAGAGGACACAGUUCAUGUGAAUGCUUCAACUAAUGAAAGACAGGAGGAAGAAAAGGGUGAGAAGGAAGAAAUGGCUUAUGUGAACGAUACAUCUACUGAGGAAGAAGUAGAAAUGCCUGUGAUAACAUCAACGCAAGCAGAUCCUACCACGAUUCUCACAACACCAGCAGCUACCACAUGCCCACCACGUAGUAAUCCAUGGGCCUCAUGUACUAAUCCCACUCCAGAAGAUGAUACAAAGUUGGCUGAGGCUCUCACUGAGUUUGCAGUGGAGUUCUACAAAGCUGCCAUCCAAAAUGAGAAGCAAGCCUCCAACUUGGUCUUCUCACCCAUCAGCAUUUCAACAAUGCUGUCCAACCUCUUGCUAGGAACCUGUGGUGAAACUACAGACCGUCUGGAGAAGCUGCUCUUCUAUCCUAAAGGGUUUACGUGUGUCCAUAAAGCAUUGAAAGCCUUCAGCAAAUCAGAAGCCUUGACUUCAGCCAAUGCAAUUUUUUACCAACCAGCAUUCAACUUGGACAGUGAAUUUCGCAAUCUCACAUGGGAAUUCUAUCAAACCAAGAUGUCACUUCUGAGCAACAACAGCAAUCAGGCGGUGCUUGACAUCAAUGCCUGGGUGAGCAAACAUACUGGCAGCAAGAUCAAGAAGCUCUUGGAGGACUUGGAACCAGAUGCCCAGAUGGUGCUUCUCAAUGCUGUCUACUUCCAAGCCAAAUGGAAGGCCUUAUUUAGAUUGAAAAAUACUAAGGAGGAAGAAUUCUACCGUCCAGGUCUCUCUCCCAUCAGCGUUCCCAUGUUGACAAGCAAGAAAUAUCCAGUGGCUUCUUACUUUGACUCCUAUCUGCAAGCUAAGGUUGGCCGCUUUCAGAUGUCCCACAACAUGAGCCUGGUGAUCAUUGUGCCUCGAUCCCUAUCUCAGAGCCUCUCAGAAGUGGAGGAGCGUCUCAGUGCAGACGUCUUCAAGUCAGUGAUGACCAAGCUAGAGAGCAUCCAUUUCAAGCCCACGAUUGUGUCUCUCCCCAAGUUCAAGGUGGAGUCUUCCCAGGACCUCAUGGAAAUCAUUGGGAGAAUGGAUUAUGGCUUCUUCUUUGAUGCCAGUCUGUGUGGGAUCUCUCCGGACAAAGACUUGGCCAUCUCCAGCGCCCAACACAAGGCUGUGGUGCAAAUCAGUGAAGAAGGGGUGGAGGCUGCUGCCGCCUCAGGCGUCUCCUUGGCACGUUCUGCCAAUUUCUUUGAAGUCCAGCAGCCCUUCUUGUUCGUGGUAUCAAGGGAUGGGAAAGCGCCACUCUUCCUAGGACGCAUUGUUGAUCCACAAUAAUAUUUUCAUUCUUGUGCUAUCCUGCCUUCCAGCAAUGGGGUUUAGAAACCCUCCAAACUCAGACUACAUUUUGUACGCAUUGAGCUUUAUGCAGUGGUAACUGUGCAGGCAAUGAGCCCAUCAGUUCUUCCUUCUUAUCUCUUUACACUAUUCUUUUACCCACCCUCUUUUCUUUCUCUCCCUCUCUCCAUCUUUCAUUGUUUCUUUCUCUCAGUGGGGUUCCUUACUCUUUGCCACAUUUUUGCAAUUUAUUUGACCUGUGCAGAGAAGAGACCCACAUCUCAUUCAUGCCAUGUUAGAAAUAGGUACUUUUUUUAAAAAGGAGAGAGACCUAGGGCCCUUCCAGACAAGUGCUAUAUCCCAGGAUCUGAUCCCCGAUUUUCUGUUUAUCCCAGUUUAUCUGGCAGUGUGGACUCAUAUAAUUCAGUUUAAAGCAGAAAACUUGGGAUCAUUGUCCUUUUCCUAUGUUACUGCUAUCAGCUUUUUCAGAUUCCCUUUGCCCUUGGGAAGAAUAAAAUAUGUCUAUAUUGGCUCUUUGAACAAUCAUUGUAUUGUGUGAGGUUUGCUUGAGGAAGUGAGAAAAAAAGAAAGUUUUGACACCCACUCACCCUCCAAAAAAGCCCCUGUGUCCUACUACUACUAAUCAAAGACAUAGCCUAGCUAAGCAAUGGGUGAAAUGAAGGGGGGGGGGGGGACAUCUGUGGCCAUAUACAUUAUCAGAAACCUCUCCAAAAACUAGUCUGCAAUAAAGGGAUGUUGCUGUUGUCUUUAUAUCUUGCUUAUGAGCUUUAUGUAGACAUUGGGUUGUGAACAGAAUAAACAAGUAUUUGGUUUGACUGCA